AUGAGCUUGUCUACCCUUCAGUAUCGUCAGCAUCAAAUAAAGAAAAACCGAUGUUGUAAAGGUUGGAUUCAAAUCGGGAACAACUGCUCACUCCCGUGCACAGAUAACACGUUUGGAUUAAAUUGCUCAGAAACUUGCAAUUGCACAUCUCCCAAUACCUACUGUAGCCCAGUCAGCGGUUGUAAAUGUGAGGCUGGCUGGAAAGAACCAAACUGCAGUUCACCAUGUGAUCAUGGCUCUUUUGGAUAUGCCUGCCAGAAGAAUUGCACCUGUCUAAACGAUGCGCCUUGUGAUCCUGUAAGUGGGUCGUGUAACUGCACUCCUGGUUGGAUAGGGUCAUACUGCAACGUCAAAUGUCCAGCUGGUCGCUAUGGUAAUGACUGUCGUGAGAAUUGUAGUUGUCUAGAAGGAGCUGUAUGUGAUCCAGUUAAUGGAAGUUGUUCUUGUCAGCCCGAUAGGAUCGAUCCUAACUGCACUCUCCUUGAAGAGUCUACAACUCAUCAAAAGAAAGUCUUGCAAGAAAGUUACCCUCCAGGAAGUGGCAGUACUGUUGGUUCCCCAAAACUUGCAUUGGUUGCCGUUUCCGGCGUUAGUUUUGCUGUUGGAAUAGCAAUUGGGUUAAUCAUUUGUGUAUCAUACAAACGAUACAGGAGUUCCAUGUCCAUGCGAGCCAGUAUAGAAGGCGUCACUGAUGCUCAACAAGAAACCGAUGGUCGAGGUCGGAACAGAGGUGCUACUCAGUCUGGACUCCAAAUUGCAGAAUCUGGAGCUUUGCUAGUUUCAACUGAAAGUUCAAAACAGCCUGAAAGCGCAACUAGCACCGAAAACACGGACGUUGCGCACAUGUAUGAAACAACUAUCACGCAGUCUGAUGACAGAACGAGGAACCUACUAAAGGGGGCGCCCUCAAGUGUCUCCCAUAAUCUCAAAGAUCACUCAAAGGUUCCGCCUCCCACAGCUAACACCUCAUAUGCCGAGGAUGAAGAUGCAUACUGUGACAUGGGAGAAGUGAGUACACCACUGCAGGUCAUAUCGGUACACAACAAACACUCUGGAGGAAUCGAACACACUUACUACCAACGAAACAAACACUCUGGAGGAAUCGAACACACUUACUACCAACGAAACAACAACCUCUAGGCUAGGCAUGUUUCGGCUUUGAUGUUUAUUUGAUGUAAAUGUCAAAUAUAGUUGUUUUACACUGCAUUUUUGUUAUCUAAAUGGUUAAAGGGUGUGCAAAACAUUUGUAAACUAGCUAUAUAAACAAAAUAUGUGUAAAUUUACACACAUAUUUUUAUUACUAUAUGGAGAUGGGCAAGGUAGAAAACUUCCGUUCAAACAUUUGUGAAUGAAAUAAAAUGGUUUGAUUGACAUUAUUGAGUAAAACAUUAUUAGUAUUGAUCUCACGAGACCAACAUUCCAUGUGUGAAGGUUUUAUUCUGCACUUCUGUGGUUCAUAAUGAGGGAAUCAAUGUGAAUCAACUAGUAGUUUAAACCCGUCGAGGUCUGGUUCUUGAUAAUAGAGAGGUUUCGCAAGCGUGCGUUUCAUGAAGGGGUAAUUUACUGGAAUAGUCUUAAUGCAGAACUUAAACAUUCAGUCAGUGUUUUUUCUUUUCGUAAA